AUGAGCAGAGGCGCCUCCCUCGGUUCCUCCCAAGGCUAAACUUUGUAAUUCCCUUCUUUGGGCUCGGGGGCUGCCAGGAGUCGGAGAGCGCUCGCAGCGCCUGAAAGGAAAACGAGAAGAAAAGGCAGGCGGCUCGGCAGGUACCUGGUCCCCUCCGCUGUCCUGGCCGCGCGGCUACAGGCACCGGACAUGGGGCUCCUCCAGGUGUUGCUUUGCAGUUUCUUAGCCCUGCAGGUGCGCGCUCAAGAACCCGAGUUCAGCUACGGCUGUGCGGAAGGCAGCUGCUACCCCGCCACCGGCGACCUGCUCAUUGGCCGCGCGCAGAAGCUGUCGGUGACUUCGACUUGCGGGUUGCACAAGCCCGAACCCUACUGUAUUGUCAGCCACCUGCAGGAGGACAAGAAAUGCUUCGUAUGCGAUUCCCAAGAUCCUUAUCACGAGACCCUCAAUCCUGACAGCCAUCUCAUUGAGAAUGUUGUCACCACCUUCGCGCCAAACCGCCUGAAGAUUUGGUGGCAAUCUGAAAACGGUGUGGAAAAUGUCACUAUCCAGCUGGACUUGGAAGCAGAAUUCCAUUUUACCCAUCUCAUAAUGACCUUCAAGACAUUCCGUCCGGCUGCUAUGCUGAUAGAGCGGUCCUCUGACUUCGGGCAGACCUGGGGUGUGUACAGAUACUUUGCCUAUGACUGUGAGAGCUCAUUUCCCGGCAUCUCAACGGGCCCCAUGAAGAAAGUCGAUGAUAUAAUCUGUGAUUCCCGAUACUCUGACAUCGAACCCUCAACGGAAGGAGAGGUGAUAUUUCGUGCUUUAGAUCCUGCUUUCAAAAUAGAAGAUCCUUACAGCCCAAGGAUACAGAAUCUAUUAAAAAUCACCAACUUGAGAAUCAAGUUCGUGAAGCUGCAUACUCUGGGAGAUAACCUUUUGGAUUCCAGAAUGGAAAUCAGAGAGAAGUACUACUACGCGGUGUAUGAUAUGGUGGUUCGAGGAAACUGCUUCUGCUACGGCCAUGCCAGCGAGUGCGCCCCUGUGGAUGGAUUCAAUGAAGAAGUGGAGGGAAUGGUACACGGCCACUGCAUGUGCAGGCAUAACACCAAGGGCCUCAACUGUGAACUGUGCAUGGAUUUCUACCAUGACCUGCCGUGGAGACCUGCCGAAGGCCGAAACAGCAAUGCUUGCAAAAAGUGUAACUGCAAUGAGCAUUCCGGCUCGUGCCACUUUGACAUGGCGGUGUACCUGGCCACCGGCAACGUCAGCGGGGGCGUGUGCGAUGACUGUCAGCACAACACCAUGGGCCGCAACUGUGAGCAGUGCAAACCCUUUUACUACCAGCACCCGGAGAGGGACAUCCGGGAUCCCAACGUCUGUGAGCGAUGCACCUGUGAUCCCGCCGGUUCUCAGAAUGAAGGCAUCUGUGACAGUUACACCGAUUUCUCAGCCGGUCUCAUUGCUGGUCAGUGUCGGUGUAAACUGUACGUGGAAGGGGAGCAUUGUGAUGUCUGCAAGGAAGGCUUCUAUGACUUGAGUGCUGAGGACCCAUUCGGUUGUAAAUCUUGUGCUUGUAAUCCCCUGGGAACCAUUCCCGGCGGGAAUCCUUGUGAUUCGGCGACUGGGUACUGCUACUGUAAGCGCCUGGUGACAGGACAGCGCUGUGACCAGUGUCUGCCAGAGCACUGGGGCUUGAGCAAUGAUCUGGAUGGAUGUCGACCUUGCGACUGUGACCUUGGGGGAGCCUUAAAUAACAGUUGUUCCGCGGAAUCAGGGCAGUGCUCGUGUCGGCCCCACAUGAUCGGGCGCCAGUGCAACGAGGUGGAAUCUGGAUACUACUUCACCACCCUGGAUCACUACAUCUAUGAGGCCGAGGAGGCCAAUCUGGGGCCGGGGGUCAGCAUAGUGGAGCGGCUAUACAUCCAGGACCGGACUCCCUCCUGGACUGGAGCUGGCUUCGUCCGAGUGCCUGAAGGAGCUUAUUUGGAGUUUUUCAUUGACAACAUACCCUAUUCGAUGGAGUAUGACAUCCUGAUUCGCUAUGAGCCUCAGCUCCCCGACCACUGGGAAAAGGCUGUCAUCACUGUGCAGCGACCAGGAAAGAUUGCAACCAGCAGCCGAUGUGGUAACACUGUUCCCGAUGAUGACAACCAGGUGGUGUCGUUGUCCCCGGGCUCAAGGUACGUGGUCCUUCCUCGCCCCGUGUGCUUUGAGAAGGGCAUGAACUACACGGUGAGGCUGGAGCUGCCGCAGUACACCUCCUCCGACAGUGACGUGGACAGCCCUUACACGUUCAUCGACUCACUUGUCCUCAUGCCGUACUGUAAAUCCCUGGACAUAUUCACCGUGGCAGGGUCGGGAGAUGGGGUGGUCACCAACAGUGCCUGGGAAACCUUCCAGAGGUACCGAUGUCUGGAGAACAGCAGGAGCGUUGUGAAAACGCCCAUGACAGAUGUUUGCAGAAACAUCAUCUUCAGCAUUUCUGCUUUGCUGCACCAGACUGGCCUGGCUUGUGAAUGCGACCCCCAGGGCUCACUGAGUUCUGUGUGUGACCCUAAUGGAGGCCAGUGCCAGUGCCGGCCGAACGUGGUGGGAAGAACCUGCGACAGGUGUGCCCCGGGCACCUUCGGCUUCGGCCCCAGCGGAUGCAAACCUUGUGACUGCAACCUGCAAGGAUCGGUCAAUGCCUUCUGCGAUGCCCUCACUGGCCAGUGCCACUGCUUCCAGGGGGUGUAUUCUCAGCAGUGUAAUCGAUGUUUGCCUGGGUACUGGGGCUUUCCCGCUUGCCAGCCCUGCCAGUGCAAUGGGCAUGCUGACGACUGUGACUUGGUGACAGGGCAGUGCCUGGGCUGCCAGGACUACACCACGGGCCAUAACUGUGAAAGGUGCUUGGCUGGUUACUAUGGUGACCCCAUCAUCGGGUCGGGCGAUCACUGCCGCCCUUGCCCUUGCCCGGAUGGUCCCGGCAGUGGCCGCCAGUUUGCCGGAAGCUGUUACCAGGAUCCUGUUACUUUGCAGCUUGAGUGUGUGUGUGAUCCUGGAUAUAUUGGCCCCAGAUGUGACGAGUGUGCCUCGGGAUACUUCGGCAAUCCCUCGGAGGUCGGGGGGUCGUGUCAGCCCUGCCAGUGUCACCACAACAUCGACACGACGGACCCGGAAGCCUGCGACAAGGAGACCGGGAAGUGCCUCAAGUGCCUGUACCACACGGACGGGGACAGCUGCGAGCUGUGUCGCUUCGGCUACUACGGGGACGCCCUGCGGCAGGACUGCAGGAAGUGUGUCUGCAAUUCCCUGGGCACCGUGCAGGAUCACUGCAACAGCUCCGACUGCCAGUGCGACAAAGCCACCGGCCAGUGCCUGUGUCUUCCCAAUGUCGUCGGGCAGAACUGUGACCGCUGUGCAGCUAACACCUGGCAGCUGGCCAGCGGCACCGGCUGUGACCCCUGCAACUGCAACGAGCUACAUUCCUUCGGGCCGUCUUGUAAUGAGUUCACGGGGCAGUGCCAGUGCAUGCCCGGCUUUGGAGGCCGCACCUGCAGCGAGUGCCAGGAGCUCUUCUGGGGAGACCCCGACGUGGAGUGCCGAGCCUGUGACUGUGACCCCAGGGGCAUCGAGACGCCACAGUGUGACCAGUCCACGGGCCAGUGUGUCUGCGUGGAGGGUGUCGAGGGGCCCCGCUGUGACAAGUGCACACGAGGGUACUCGGGAGUCUUCCCCAACUGCACGCCCUGCCACCAGUGCUUUGCCCUCUGGGACACGAUCAUCGCCGAGUUGACCAACAAGACGCAUAGGUUCUUGGAAAAAGCCAAAGCCUUGAAGAUCAGCGGCGUGAUUGGGCCUUACCGGGAGACCGUGGACUCGGUGGAGAAGAAGGUCAAUGAGAUCAGAGACAUCCUAGCCCACAGCCCCGCGGCCGAGCCGCUGAAAAACAUCGGGAAUCUCUUCGAGGAAGCAGAGAAACUCACCAAAGAUGUGAUAGAGAGGAUGGCCCAGGUAGAAGUGAAGUUAUCUGACACAGCUUCACAAAGCAACAGCACGACCGCAGAACUGGAGUCUCUACAGGCAGAGGCAGAGAACCUGGACAACACUGUGAAAGAACUCGCCGAACAACUGGAAUUUAUCAAAAACUCUGAUAUUCGAGGCGCCUUGGACAGCAUUACCAAGUACUUCCAGAUGUCUCUUGAAGCAGAAGAGAGGGUGAAUGCCUCCACCACAGAUCCCCACAGCACCGUGGAGCAGUCAGCUCUCACGCGAGAAAGAGUGGAAGACUUGAUGAUGGAGCAGGAGUCCCGGUUCAGAGAGAAACAGGAGGAGCAGGCCCGCCUUCUUGAUGAACUGGCAGGCAAACUGCAAAGCUUAGACCUGUCAGCUGUGGCCGAGAUGACCUGUGGCACGCCUCCAGGGGCCUCCUGUUCCGAGACUGAGUGUGGCGGCCCCAACUGCAGAACCGACGAGGGAGAGAAGAAGUGUGGGGGGCCUGGCUGCGGCGGCCUGGUCACUGUCGCCCACAGUGCCUGGCAGAAGGCCAUGGACUUUGACCGAGAUGUCCUGAGCGCCCUGGCUGAAGUGGAGCAGCUCUCCAAGAUGGUCUCUGAAGCAAAACUGAGGGCUGAUGAAGCAAAACAGAACGCUCAGGAUGUUCUGUUGAAGACAAACGCAACUAAAGAAAAAGUGGACAAGAGCAAUGAGGAUCUUAGAAACCUGAUCAAGCAAAUCCGAGACUUCCUGACUCAGGACAGUGCUGAUCUGGACAGCAUCGAAGCGGUUGCCAAUGAAGUACUGAGAAUGGAAAUGCCUAGCACCCCAGAGCAGUUGCAGAACCUGACGGAAGACAUCCGUGAACGAGUCGAGAGCCUCUCUCAAGUAGAGGUUAUCCUACAGCAGAGCGCGGCUGACAUUGCAAGAGCCGAGAUGCUGUUAGAAGAAGCUAAGAGGGCCAGCAAAAGUGCAACGGACGUUAAAGUCACCGCAGACACAGUAAAGGAAGCCCUGGAAGAAGCGGAAAAGGCCCAGAUUGCAGCCGAGAAAGCACUUAAACAAGCAGAUGAGGACAUCCAGGGGACCCAGAACCUGCUGACUUCUAUUGAGUCUGAAACGGCAGCUUCUGAGGAGACCUUGUUCAACGCCUCCCAGCGCAUCAGCGAGCUCGAGAGAAACAUGGAAGAACUGAAACGGAAGUCUGCCCAGAACUCGGGGGAGGCAGAGUAUAUUGAAAAAGUAGUGCAUUCUGUGAAACAAAGUGUGGAAGACAUCAAGAAGGUUCUCGAUGGGGAACUUGGUGAAAAGUACAAGCAAGCAGAAAACGUCAUAGCCAAAAAAAGUCAAGAGUCAGCCGACGCCAGAAGGAAAGCUGAAAUGCUACAGAAUGAAGCAAAAACACUUCUGGCUCAAGCAAACAGCAAGCUGCAACUGCUGAAAGAUUUAGAAAGAAAAUAUGAGGACAAUCAAAAAUAUUUAGAAGAUAAAGCUCAAGAACUAGUGCGGCUGGAAGGCGAGGUCCGCUCACUCCUCAAGGAUAUAAGCCAGAAAGUUGCUGUUUACAGCACCUGCUUGUAACAGGAGGGAGGGCUGGAAGCAUGUGACACCUGCGUGACCAAAGAGCUGCGUUUAAUAAAGUGAAACUCAUUACCUAUUUAAUGUUCUUAACCACCGGACUUUGUAUGGAGCUAAAUAAAGUACAGCGCUUUUGUAUAAAUAUAUACUUAGUAUAAUUCACUUACUUUGACUGCUUCAGUGGACAUGAAUCUUUUUAACAAAGAGUGUU